UGCAUACUUAUACACGAAAACGCAGUGUCCUUUCCUGCUCUGACUGUUUUUGUCCCCUUACUUUCUCCCAACGAGGACCAGGACCUCCUCCUGGCAGCAGCCUACGUUUCCGACGCCCAGUACAACAGAAAUGUUCCGUUCGAAACAUCCCCUCAGGCCAUCAGACUUUACUAUUUCUAUAACCACUGGGCCAUGCAGGUGGCCACCUACUUCUUCAUCUGUGUUGACCUUUCCCUGGCUCUCUUUGAGGAACCGGCGCUGUUCCCGCUGCCUUUCUUGGUCACCUCGAUAGCAGAAGUGCUCUGCCUGACUGCAUUCUUUGGGAGACUUGUACACUUUGCGAAAGUUACUCCUCAGAUGGUUUUCUGGAAGGAUACGAAAAAUAUCUGCAUCAUGGUAACCAUAGUGUUGACCUUGGUUGAUCUGAUUGUCUACGGGAUCCUGGAAGCUCUUAAUGUCUAUGGCAUCCGAUGGUCAAGGGCCUUAAGGCCCGUGUUCCUGAUUAACUUCCCCGAAAGCCGUCAGAUCCGAAGGGCUUUCCGAAGCAUCCGGAACACGCUGCCUGAUGUCCUCUACGUCUUCCUCUUGUUUAUCUUCAGUGUGGGGACGUUCUCCCUCAUGGCCCUGAAGCUCUUUGGGGACCGGAGUCUUAAGACAGUGGAAGGAUCGCCCUACUUCACGAACAUCCUGGACAUAGCGUUUGAGCUCUAUGUGCUGGUCACAACUGCAAACAGCCCCGACGUCAUGAUGCCUGCCUAUGAGUUCAACUGGUGGUAUUCUCUGUACUUUAUAACCUACAUCAUUAUCAACACCUACAUCUUCAUGUCCGUCUUUCUGGCUGUCGUCUACAACAAUUACAGGAAGCACUUAAAGAACGAGAUUCGCACACUGGCAUACCUGAAGCGUCGCAAAAUGAUAGAGGCUUUCAACAUUCUGAAGGUCAAGGUGGGCACAGAGUCUGUGGUGAAGGAGGCCCAGUGGAGGCGGCUGGUCAAGGUGGUGGCACCGGACAUCAGCAGUUCCCACCUGGAGCUCCUUCUGAGGAUCUUGGACGAGGGACAGAAGGGUCACGUGGACAAAGUGAACUUUCUACGCCUGCCUGACCUCCUCAACAUCCAGGUGAUCACCAUCAAUGUCAAGAGACACCCACUGGAAGCCUGGAUGCCUCGGGUAUACCAGUCGUCUGCAAGCCUCUUGGUCCAGAAGGUGGUUCGGCACAGGGUUUUUGUCUGGGCUUAUGAUGUCAUCAUCCUAAUAAAUGCCAUCUUCAUUGCUCUGGAUGAGAAAAACCCCUUCAUUUCCUAUGCGGAAUGGCUUUUCCUUUCUCUCUACAUCAUUGAGAUCCUCCUGAAACUGUACACGUAUGAGCCCAGAGCGUAUUUUGGAAGGAAGCAGUUCUGGAACUGGUUUGAUACGCUGAUCAUCAUUGCAGCCCUGGUGGCCACUGUGGCCAACACCACCAUCCAGUCAGCAAGAAAAUACAACAGUCAGCAGAUACUGGAUAUUGUCUUGAUUUUGAGAAUACUCCGGCUCUUAAGGGUCAUUGUCAGCAUUCAGAGGUUCCGGGUUAUCGUGACCACCUUGAUUAACAUCGGCCCCACGAUGCUGACUUUUGGCGGACUUGUCUUGGUGGUCUACUACGUGUUUGCCAUCAUCGGGAUGGAAGCGUUCCACGGCAGAGUCCACUUCUUUGGCCCCAACUCCACCAGUCCAGAUGCCCUGGCGUGUGGGAACUCAGCCUUAAGAGACUCAGCGUUUGCCCGAGGCAAGUACUGCAGGAACAACUUCAACGACCUGGGCUCCUUGCUCAUCCUGCUGGUGGAGCUCACGGUGGUCAACCAGUGGCACAUCCUCGCGGACGGCUUUGCCCUCGUGACUCACCAGGUGGCAAAGCUGUAUUUCAUCGGGUUCCACAUCGUGGUCGUCAUCCUCAUUGUUAAUAUUUUCAUAGCGUUCAUCUUGGAGGCGUUUUUUGUGGCAUAUUCGUUAGAAAAAAGUGAAGUAGAAACUGCCAUUGAGAAGAAGAUUCAAGAGCUUGGAGUGGGGGUCCAAGAGGAAAAAGUGCAGGACGGGAGUCUCGUUGAGAACAUGGAUGCCAAGGACAGUGGCUUCAGUGAGGAUAACAAAAAGAAGGACUUGAAAGGACUGUACUUCAGAAUUGCAUCUAAAAAGUACAGGACUGUGGACGCCUUGCUGCAGCAGAUGUUUGAGUCUGAAACUGCUCCAGAGGAAGAAGGCCCUUCCUUGGAGGAGAUUCUGAACUUCUCUCCUGCUGACAUAUACCCCAAGAAUCCCAAUUUUGAAAACAGUGCCUGAUCCGGGGCCUGCCAGGCCCCACGUGUCCGCAGCUGGAAGCCAAGACAAGCUGUCACUGCUGUUUGCAUCCGCUGCCAAGAGAUCACUCUUCCAGCCCAGGCUCCCUUCUGUGUUCUGAUAAACCUGUGAAUUGGCCUCCCCUGUCCUGAGCGGCCGGCCCCCUGUGUCCCCCUGGGGUCAUUUCUAGGGCUGAUAGUAGAAGGAGAGGAAAAUCUGUGUGGAGACUGCGGGGCUUACUUACACACAUGUAUGUACUUGGGGACGUCCUCUCAAUGGGAUAUAAAAACUUUAUUUUUAUAUGGUAUUUUGCUAUUUUAUUAAAUGAAGACUGCACUAGUCUUACAUGAGUGAAUUUUGAAUACUUAAAUAUACUGAAGGAAUAUGUUCCAUCCAUUACAGUAGCUUUUAGAUGCAGUGUUCAUUCAAAAUGAAGAAAAAUAUGAAUGUAAAGAUAAAAUUCUGUCACAGUUGCUUUUUUUUCAGAGGAGGCUUUCAAAGUUUAAUUAAAUUACAAUUAUAGCAAGAUGUUGAGUAAGUUGCUCUCUGAGGUCACCUUCCCCAGCUGGAGACCUCUCAGCACAGUGACUUACUUCUUCCGGAAAAUUAAAGGGAUUUAUUUUAUUUAUUUAAAACAUUUUAAAUUGUGGUAAAAUACACAACAUAAAAUGUACCAUUAUAACCAUUUCUAAGUGUAGUUUUAAGUAGAUCCACAUUGUUGUGCAACAGACAAAAAAAAACGCCCAAACCAACCUACUUGCUUGAAGUGCUUAAAGUGACUUGUUUGGACUGAGCCUUCCUCUCUGGGGACAAGGCUGAAGCCAGGAAAUCAGAUUAAUUUGAUGUCACGGGAGCCCUUGGCAUAGCCUGGGCACCAGGUGGGCAGACUUAGCUUGCUGGUGUGGAUGGCGGAGGGUCUCGGCUGUGAUAUGAGCUGAAGAUUCAGGAACAGGGACAUGUCAACAGGGCUGGAAACAAAGCCAGGAGUCUCCCUGCUCAAGAGCAAAGGCACCCACGGCCGCCUUUCAUGGACACACUUUUAGCUCUUCGUUUAGCAAGACAGCACCCUUACCUUCUUUAGUCUAGUUUCCUUUGAAAACAGACAUUUUCAAGAGGGAAAAAAAAAAAUCCCACAAAUCUGGCUUUAUCAGUGCUCAGCUGUUUUGACAUUUUAAUUAAGAGUAAAUUUAAUGUUGGUUUGUUGGAUGAGGUCUGUUUCCAGAUCAUUUUCAACUGCCUUCUAAUUUGUGUGUGUAAUCAAUUGUAUAGGUUAUACAUUCUUUACUUUCAAAAUAAAAACCUACUUGGAAUCUCAUUCUA